AUGUCAGAUUCAGUUAUUGUUGAAGGAGAAGCCAAAACUUUUAAUUUGCAAGAGUUAAAUGAUGAAAUUAUUCAAAAGUAUACUGAACAACCUCUGCUUGUAAUAGUUCCAUUCGGUUUUACAGGAUCUAAACAAGGUACUUAUUCACCAGUUAACGAUCAACUUGACUUAGGAAUGGAGAAAUACAAACCAUGUUUAGAAGAUCUAGAAAUUUUAACAUGCUCUUUGAUUGGUUGCAUUCCAACAGUAGGCCCAUUAUGCCAAGGUGUUUUUACUUCAUUUGUUGGGCUUUUUAAAGAAAAGCAACUUUCCGCUGAAGACAUAAAAAAAAUGACAGAUGAAAAACUUGGAAAGUUAAAAGAAGAGUUACUUGUUACUAUCGAUGAAAAAAUCGAAAAAGCAAAAAUUGAAAAUUAUAAAAAAAUAUGUCAAAAUUCUUUUAUUGGAUUCUCACAAUCAAGUUUAGAGCUUUUAAUGGAUGAUUUAAGUAUACUUAGAAAAAAAUUAGAAAAAAAAAAGACACCAAAAAAAACUUUCAUGGACGGAUUAAGACAAAAGUUUGAUCUUUUCAGAAUCAAUAUCAAAUCUCUUUUCCCAUUGUUUGAAGAAAAAAAAUACUUAGAGUAUAUUUAUAAACAAUAUUUAGAUUUAAUAUUUUUAUAUAUUAUGUGUAUGCAGAAUUUGAUGAACUUUUGGUACCAAUAUCAGUUUGAUGCUUGCUAUGCCAGAGGAACACCAGCAAUUCCAGAGUAUAAUAUAAAAGCUACUCAUUCAUACAGAGAAAAAUUACACAUCAAUAUCCAAAGAUUUUUACAAUCAUUACAAGAUGGUCUUAUUACAAAUAAACCUGGUUUAGAAAAAGCUUCAAUAAUUUUAGAAUGUGACCCAAUUCUUUACCCUGUCCCAUUGUUAAAAGCAAAUAGCUCCGAUUAUUCAGAUGGUAAUAUCCUGAUAAAUGUAAAGCAAAGAAGAGUACCUUUUAUUUUUAGAAUUGAUGGCGCAUGUUGUUCAGGCUCUAACGAUACUAAUAUAUCAGAUGAAGUUGACUCUCUCACUGGUUGCAAAGGAGUUUAUUUAAAAGUAGGUCCAAAAUUCAAUGUUAAACUUUCGGAGCCUAAAUAUGUAAGAGUUCGUUUAUUUAUUGCAAAUGAUAAAUCGAAUUCUCCCAAUUUAAAUUUAUCUUCAAAUAACUCAAUUGGUGAACAUAACUGGAAUAAAAUUGAAGAUGAAUUUGGGUCAUUACAAUCAACAAAAAGUGAAAAAAAAUGUGUAUACACCUCUGGUUUUGUUCAAUCAAAAAAAUCAAAAACAAAAGAAAGUGAACUUAAUUUUACAAUAUUGGAUAAAACACAAAAUAACAAUAACAAAUUGUUAUUUAUAGAAGUUAUUGUUUCAGAUUCAUAAAAAAAUUAAAUAAAAUUAAAAAAAACUAAUGUUGAUGCAAUCU